AUGCUUCGCUCCACACACAAGUUCCGGGCGGCCUUUGUCAUCGUUGCGGCACUCGUGGUUUCUCUUCUUGCGGCUGAUGCUGCUCUUGGCGGCGGUACGCCCGACGAUGAGGUGACGAAGCAGAUGCUUCUCGUCGGUGAUGCGGCGCUGCGUCAGGGGCGUAGCCACUACCAGGAGGCAUUGGCGAAGUACACGAAGGCGCUCACUCACAACCCCAGCAGUGUUCGCGGCUUAUACAGUCGCGCUGAGUUGUUGUCCAUGAUGCGCCAGCGGGAGGAGUGCAUGCAUGACUUGGACCGUCUGCUUGAGUUGGAUCCAAAACACCACCGCGGUCUGGCCCUUCGCUCCUCGCUUAAUGCACAGGCCGGCAACCUGCAGGAGGCCAUUCGAGAUAUCGAGAGACUUGUCCCGCUCUACACGGCAAUGAAAAAAUCCUCUAAGGUGGCAGAGUACGAGUUGAAGCUAAAAGACCUCCACCAUUACACUGCGGCGUGGUUGCCUCUACGGGAAAAACUUGAGGCACACAAACAUGCGGCAGACGCGAUAAGCGUCAACAACUACAAGACGUGUGUGCUGCUACUGCAUGAUAUGAUUCGUAAGUUUGCAAGGGACAAUGUGGGACUACGGCUACAGCGCGCGGAAUGCGCACUAGCAUGUAGUGACAACCAGGCAGCUUCAGAGGAGCUGAAGUACGUUGUUCAGAAGGAGCCUCAAAAUCUGGAGGCGUUGGCGCUAGCUGCACGCACCUAUCGUGCGCUGGGGGCGACUGAGCAGGCGCGGGCGGAGUUGCGGAGGUGCCUCGUGCUGGACCCGGAGUAUGCCCCGUGUGCCCAGCUGCAGAAACUUGUGCGGGGGCAGAUACGAGUCACAAAGGCGGUUACGGCGGCACUCGAAGAGAAAAAUUACAAGCGUGCUCAGCGGCACAUUGACGAGGCGGAAAAUCUGGAGGAAAACCCGCCGUACAGGGAACAGCUUCUCCUGUGGCGCUGCGCCGUCGCUGUGGGGUUGCGCGACACGGAGAAGGGUCUUUCUGUGUGUGAAGAGGCCAUUGUCUUUCUGGGCGCUGAGAACCCUGCCUCCUUCGAUGUCCACCUGCAGAAAGUGGAUAUAUACCUCAUGCAGGACGACCUAAAAGGUGCCGAGCAACAGCUGCAGCACGCGCGUCGGCUCCAGCCGAAUAACGAGCGGCUACAUGAAUACAUGCAAAAAAUAGAAAAUCUCCGGCGUGUGGAGGGUAGGAAGGACUACUACAAGAUUCUAGGCAUCAAAAAGACGGCGGACGCUUCUGAGAUCCGACGCGCCUACCGUCAGCUGGCCAAGAAGUUGCAUCCCGACAAACUACGCUCGCAGGCGCUCUCCGCAGCGGAGCGGCAGAAGGCGGAUGAACGCUUCCGUGACAUCAACGAGGCAAAGGAGAUUCUACUUGAUGAAAAGAAGCGGGAAAUAUAUGACAGUGGCGAGGACCCAACGAAACCAGCUGGACAAGGCGGUGGGCAGCCGUUCUACGGCCAUCCGUUCACAUUUCACGGCAAUCCAUUUGGACACGGCGGGGGUCAACGUUUUUUCUUCCACUUUGACUGA